UUUUCCUCUUCUGGGUUUUUUUCAGCAAUGGACCAGAAGACCAUUUCCAAGCAGCUAAUCUCAUCCGUCGCAACCUUCAUCACCACCCAACUAACCAACAAGGAGAAGCGACUCCAGCACAAAGACCACUGCGCCGAGCGCUUGUCCGCCAAAGAUGGCGCCUCCACCAACGCCGACGACCAAGCCGAGGUCCGAUACUCCGAUCAGGCCGUGCUGGCCAACUUGGAUUGGGGGAUGGAAGCCCUCGAAGAAGCCAUCGGAACCUCCAACAGGGAAACCAAACUCGCCCGGUUGGAAUACGCCGAGAAGCUCCUCCAGGUCUGCGCCAUGCUCGAUUGCAGCCAGACCACCGCCGGCGUCCCCAACUUCUACCUCUCCGCCUGGGCCCACCUCAACCUCGCUUACCUCUGGAAGCUGCGCGGCAGCUCCCAGAAGGCGUUACACCAUGUGAUGGACAUGUUCGUGAUCGACCCUUUCUUCUCCAGGGUCGAUUUCGCUCCUGAGCUCUGGCAGGAGCUGUUUCUCCCCCACAUGGGCCCCGUCGCGGCGUGGUACUCCGAGGGGAGAAACAAGAUAGUGAUGGAGGUGGUCCCCGAUUCCGCGGACCUGUCGUUCACGGCGGAUUUGGAUCAGUUCUUGAACGAGGAGUUUCUGUACUCCAUGACGCCAGAGCAGAUCGAGGUGGUGCAGAGGUUGGAGCAGGUUUAUGGGGAGUCGUUGGAUGAGAACACUAGGGUUUUUGCUAGGUACUUCAUGGAAUGUGUCAAUUUCGAGUCUUCCUCGCCGCCGGGGAGCAGGAGGAUGGUGGCGCCGCCUGUGAUGCCGGUUGCUGAGCCUCCGGUGAUGAGUCAUGUUAUGAGGACCAAAAAUGGUGGCCAGCAAUCCACCAGCCGGCCAGGGUUUUCCACAUUUUUAAGAACAGAGUCGAACUUGUUGGGUGUUCGGGAGCCAAUUCUUGAAGAGGACGAAGAAGAAGAAGAUCUGGAGCCCGAAACGAACCAGAAACAACCGGGUCCCGGGCGCAGGGAAGCUGGGCAGAGCGCUGUCCGAUCAUCAAGGCCAUCUCCUGGAGCUUCUCCUCGGACUCUGUCUUGUUCUUCAUCUUCAUCAUCUUAUUCUUCUUCUCCUUCUCCAAACCCGGCAUUGCGGCUUCUUCGUACUCAAACCAGAGGUUCCUCUGUUUCCAACUCCUCCCCUGGCUCGCCAACCAUCAACAGCGACACCAGCUUCAGCUCGCCAAGAUCGGACGUCGAUGGAUCGGACUUGAGGAGAAGUGGUAAUGAAAGGAAUGGUCGAAUAAGGAACAUGAGUUAUGAAACUCUCAAUAAUCCCUGCUUUGAAAACAGCUCAGCCAACGACUUGGACGACGGAAACCAGAGCUGCAUCUCGAUACCGAUCUCCGACAAGUUGAGUUCAUUACGGACGCGGCCACCGAAGGAUUUCGUCUGCCCGAUCACCGGAAUGUUGUUCAACGAUCCGGUGACACUAGAGACAGGGCAGACCUACGAGAGGAAAGCGAUUCAGGAGUGGCUGCAGACGGGGAACGCCACGUGUCCUAUCACACGGCAGCCACUCUCCGCGAACUCCUUGCCCAAAACCAACUACGUCCUGAAACGGCUCAUCACUUCAUGGAAAGAGCAGCACCCCGAUCUUGCCCACGAGUUCUCUUACUCCGAGACCCCUAAAGCCAGCCCUGCUCCGCAAGCGAAAGAAAACUCACAAGCCUCUAAUCCUAAUUCCGCAAGGACGAUCAAGAGUAGCGAAAAUCGACAGAGGGCGACAAGAUUCGGAGCGACAGCGACAGUGUCCGAUUCCCCAACCAGCGUGCUCUCCCAAGCUGCGAUCGAUACGAUCCUCAACGGUUUGAAGCCUUACAUUUCUUGUUUGUGCACGUCGGAUAAUCUUCAGGAUUGUGAGUCGGCUGUGGUGGCGAUAGCCAGGCUUUGGAAAGACGCCAGAGGAGAUCCAACAAUCCAGAUCUACCUGUCGAAGCCCACAGUGGUCAAUGGAUUUGUGGAAGUCCUCUCAGCUUCUCUGGACCGAGAAGUUCUGAAGCUAUCCAUCUUUCUCCUCUCGGAGUUGAUGUUCGUGGACGAGAGCGUCGCGAGGACUCUGACCAAUGUGGACUCCGAUUUCGACUGCCUAGCGGCCUUGUUGAAAAAUGGGCUGUCAGAAGCUGCCGUUCUCGUAUACCAGCUCAGGCCGAGCUAUGCUCAGCUCUCGUCGCACGACUUCAUACCGUCGAUCGUGCAGUUGAUCAUGCGGAAGAAGAGUAAAGAAUCCGAUGAUGUUGAGCUAGUGUUGGAUCCAGUAGAUGCAUCCAUUGCGAUGUUGGAGGUUUUGCUGACGGAAGGGGAUGAAAGUACUAGGGUGGCUAAUGCUACGAGUGUGAUUAGCUCCCAUGGGAUUCCUGCGCUGGUCAAGUGUCUGGAGAGGGCAGAGAGCAGGAACUCUGUGGUAUCCAUACUUUUCUGUUGCAUGAAUGCAGAUAAAAGCUGCCGGAAUUUGAUCGCUAAGAGGAUAGAACUCUCUCCUGUCCUCGAACUGUUCCAUUCUGGUGCGGAUAGCGUGAAAGCCAAGUGCAUAGAUUUCCUAGCUGAACUCGUGAGGCUAAACAGGAGGAACUCUUGCAAUCAGAUUUUGAAGAUAAUCAGGGACGAGGGAGCAUUCAGCACGAUGCACACAUUUCUGGUGUACCUUCAAAUGGCCCCAAUGGAACAACAACCUGCAAUUGCUACUCUUUUGCUUCAGCUCGAUCUACUAGUAUGAACUAAAGUUGUUACUACUGUUCAUGUCCGAUAAAAGCUUAAAUCAACAAUGGAGACUCCAAUCUAAUGUCCAAUAUUUCCCAGGUUGAGCCUCGUAAGAUGAGCAUAUAUAGAGAGGAAGCUGUGGAGGCACUAAUUGAAGCACUUCAAAGAAAGGACUUCGCCAGCUCCCAAAUGAUGGCUUUGGAUGCUAUAGUAUCUCUCUCUGGUCGCCUGACUUCCACGGGGAGGUCUUACAUGGAGUCGUGGUUGCUUAAGAUGGCAGGCUUUGAUAAGCCUUAUAACAACCUAAUGAAGGCUGAGAGGUCAAUGAAGUUUGACAAUGACUAUGCGGAAACACUGGAGGAGGAAGAGAAAGCGACGAGUUCUUGGGAGAGACGCGUGGCAUUUGUGUUGUGCAACCAUGAGAAUGGUGCAAUCUUCAAGGCCCUGGCGGAAUGCUUCAAAAGCAACUCAAUCGAAAUGUCGAAAUCCUGCCUCGUGGCGGCUUCCUGGCUUACUCACAUGCUCUCGGUCCUCCCUGAUACUGGGGUGAGGGAUGCAGCUUCCAAGGCCUUGCUUGAUGAGUUUGUCAACACACUCCAAUCAGGAAGUGUGGAGGAGAAGAUUAUGGCAACCCUCUCUUUGAAGAGCUUCGUUACCGAUCCAGCUGCACUUCAAGAGCUGGGGAAAUAUGCUAGAUGCAUAUACAAGACAUUAAGGAAGCUGAAGAAAUACUCACCCAUUAUCUCAGAUGUUCUGAAAUCUUUGAUCAACUCUUCCUUUGUUGAUGCUUCAGAGUUAUGGAAUUGGAGUGAAGUGGUUGAGUUGGAAUCAUGUCAGAAUGGUGAAGUGCUGUCUUUGGUUCAUCUGAAAGGCAGACUGCUAAGCAGCCAUUCCGAUGGUACAAUUAAGCUAUGGGACGCAGGAAAGAGGGUUCCGAGAGUGAUCCAAGAAGUUCGAGAGCAUUCCAGAGCUGUCACUUGCCUUUACCUUUCCCCUGGCGACAACAAGCUAUACAGUGGUUCUUUAGACAAGACAAUUCGAGUUUGGGCGAUCAAACCAGAAGAGAUUCAUUGUGUCCAAGUUCAUGAUGUGAAAGAGGGUGUCUAUGACUUGACGGCCAGCUCCAAAGUGGCUUGCUUUGUCACUCAAUCAACUGGUGUCAAGGUUUACAAUUGGAGUGGAGGUCCAAGGCAUGUGAAUUUCAACAAGAAUGUGAGGUCUCUGGCCAUGUCAGGGGACAGGUUGUAUUGUGCAUGCUCUUGUUAUAGCAUCCAGGAAGUGGACCUCUCAAAGCUCACAUCAACGCCUUUCUACUGCGGCACUCGAAAGCUGCUAGGAAAACAAUCCCUCAAUUCAGUGAAAAUACAAGACGGGUUGCUCUUUGCCGCUGGUUCCGCGCUCGACGGAACGGCGGGGAAACUGUUUGCGCUCUCGAACAGUAGGGGUCCCGCUUCCGUGGCCGGUUCGCUUUCCACGAGCUUUGACGUUAAGCACAUCACAGUUAACAAUGACUUCAUAAUCACCGCCUCAAAGUGGGGGGUUAUCGAAGUGUGGCUUAAAGAAAGAGUCACCAAAAUUGCUAGCAUGAGAACCAACGGUGGUGGGAAUGCCAAGGUGUCUUGUCUGACCACAGAUUCCGACGGCGGGAUGUUGUAUGCUGGCUCUUCCGACGGAAAGAUUCAAGUAAGUAGAUUGCACUGCCCACUUCUCCUUUUGAACAAUAAACCACUUAGUCCCGAUAAAUCGAAGUUCUUGGAAAAUGAUUGUCAUUUCUUUUUCUCUUGCAUCGCCCAAAGUGUACAUAGAAUAAUUCGUGUGGGGUUCGGAUUUGCAGGUUUGGGCGCUAGACUAAAGGAGAAGGAUGCUGUUUUGGUUUAUAAAUUUUAGCUGUUUUUUUGGGCCAUAGAUUUGCUUGUGUAAAAAGAUUGUGAACCAUGGGCGACCCAUGUACGUACUUUGUCCAAUUAGUUGAUUGUGUCGCCAAGUUGAUGUUUAGUGUUAAUUGUCCCUUAACCCUAAUUACCAAGACUGUACAGAUUUUCCUAAGCAUUUGUGUUGUAUGUUGUCCGUCGAUACUAUAAAUAGUUGAUCAGUUCUACAAUUAUAAUCUUGAAUUACACCAUUCAGUUCCUUCAUCAA